CGUUGUUUGUCUUGUGGGAGAGCAUGUGUGAGACUCCAGCGUCCUCACAGGCAGCGCCGGGACUAGGGUGAGACCACAGGACGCCCACUGCCAGCUGGACAGGCUGGUGGGUGGCCCGUGAUGGGGCCCUGCUCUGAAGACCCCCACCUCCGCUGGGCCUCCUGGCUCCUGGGACUGGCCGAACUGGCAGGCGUCCUCCUGGGCGUCUGCGGCACUGGGCCCCUGAGUUCUGGAGGUGCUGAUUCCAGAGCCCACGUCUCUCUGAAGAGGGUCCAAGGAGGCUCCGUGUUGUUCCACGUGACUCGCGAGCUGGAAGGAGACUCAGAAGCUCAGCUGGAGCAGAUCGAGUGGAGCUUUGGCCCCGAGACCAACUACAGAGUCCUGCUGCGAGUGGGCAGCAGUGGGGACCUGCCAACCUGGGUCAGCCUCCAGGACAAGUACAGGCACAGGGCCCAUGCACACAAUAUGACGUCCCUGCUUAUUGAGAACCUGACCCGUGAGGACAGUGGGCAGUACCGGGCUCGAGCCAGCUUCACCGGAGGAAGGGGAUUUACCCGGGUGUUCCACCUCACUGUCUACGAGCCGGUGCCCCUCCCCCAGAUCCUGGCCAAGUCACUGUCUGUCACAGCUGACUGGUGCAAUGUCACCCUGGAGUGCAGAGCCGAGGGGGCCUCGGAGGACCUGAAUGUGACCUGGUGGCACAGUGACCUCCCCAGGAAGUGGCAGCAGACAGGGACCUUGGGACCAGGCCCCAGCGUCUGGGCCCUGGCUGUGCGCCUGCCCCUGGACCAGGCCAACACCAACCUCACCUGUAUCGCCAGCAACCAGGUGGACCUGAAAACUGCCACCACCACCCUGGGGGACGUCUGUGCCAAUCGUGAGUAUAACCUGCCUGGGGAAAGGUAGCACUGCGGUCCCUGCAGGUUACAGCACACCUUCCACCUGGUCACACACACAGAGCGGCUGGGAGUCACACCCAACUUGUGUCAGCAUUUAAAUGUCUCUCACCGUCGUGCCCUCCUCUGCACCCUGGGCCCUGCUGACCCAGGAGGAAGCCUUCCUCCCACCCCCACCGUCACCCAGAGCCGUCUUCUGGACACAGAACCUAAAUUGUGUCAUUUUCUGUGUCUUCUGUGGGAUUG